CCGGCUGCGAUAACAACAGGAAGAUGGUUUUGAGAAAAAGCGGAGAGCCUCACCUGCGACAAAUAGGAAAUAGAGCAGGAAGCUGUGUGGUGCUCAGUGACAACACCACCUCCUCUCCCUUUCUAUAAUAAAAACAACGUCCAUUUUCAUGCAUUAGUUACACAGGAAACAAAAAAAUAAAAAUAAAAAAAAAAAAAAAAAAAUUCAGGGUGGAAAUGGAUUCUGCAGUUACUCUUCGUUUGAUCAUAUCAGACUUCGUAAUUUCUUUCAUGUGGGUAUGGUCAGGAGCUUUGAUAAAGAUUUUUCUGAAUCGUUUUUUAGGUUUGGGGCAUCAUGAACCCAGAGACGAGGCUAUCAAAGCUGCUUUUUCUAUCAUUAACAUGUUCUUCUUUGCCUUCUUGGGUAAGAUCACCAACGGAGGAGCUUACAAUCCUCUCACAAUUUUCUCUUCUGCAAUCUCUGGGGAUUUCAGUCAAUUUCUCCUCACUGUUGGGGCCAGAAUCCCUGCUCAGGUAAUUGGAUCUAUCUCUGGAGUUAGGUACAUUCUUGAAACCUUUCCUGAAAUAGGAUUUGGGCCGCGACUAAACGUGGACAUCCAUCGUGGUGCACUCACUGAAGGAGUCCUUACAUUCGCAAUUGUUAUCAUCUCUCUCGGACUCUCAAGAAAGAUCCCUGGUAGUUUCUUCAUGAAGACUUGGAUAUCAAGCGUCUCCAAAUUAGCUCUUCAGAUACUGGGCUCUGAUCUGACGGGCGGUUGUAUGAACCCAGCUUCUGUGAUGGGAUGGGCUUACGCCCGUGGAGAUCAUAUAACCAAGGAGCAUAUAAUUGUAUAUUGGCUUGCUCCAAUAGAAGCAACUGUUCUGGCAGUGUGGACAUUUAAGCUGCUUGUUCGUAGCCGAAAGCAAGAGAAGAAGGGUAAAUCAGAUUGAUGAUUUUUGCCCUCUAGGUUUGAUGAAGAAUGAUCAAACAGAAGUAAUUCACUGUGGUUUCUAAUUGUAGAGCUCUUUCAUUUAUCUUCUUUUUGCUCAACAGCCUAUCAGAUCAACUGUGUUAGCCUCUGCUGGAGACUUUUAACUAAUGUAAAUACUUUUAUUAUUUUAUGCAUAAUAACUAUCACUUACGCAUC